AUGGCAACCAAAGUGCAGAAGCCCAAGAAUACCAUCCAGUCGGUCCAAGUUUUUGGUCGCAAGAAAACUGCAACGGCCGUAGCCUACUGCAAACGUGGUAAAGGUCUUAUCCGCGUUAAUGGCAGACCGUUGGAGAAUGUUGAGCCAGCUGCUCUUCAAUAUAAAUUGCAAGAACCAAUCCUCAUUCUUGGCAAGGAAAAGUUCGCAGGCGUUGAUAUGCGUGUACGUGUAAACGGUGGUGAUGUCGACGAAGCAAGUAAAAAAGAGAUAAAGGAGGUCCUUAUCCAGUACGACCGUACAUUACUUGUUGCUGACCCCAGACGCUGCGAGCCCAAGAAAUUCGGUGGUCCAGGUGCCAGAGCACGUUACCAAAAGUCUUACCGUUAA